AUGCCCUCCGCCACUCUGGAGAGCAUCCAGGUCUCUUCUGACAAGAUCAAAAGCCACCUGGCCAAAGACAGAACUGCUCCUGGCCAGAAGCGGCUUCUCAAGUGGACCAAAGGACGCAAGCUGGUUGACGACAGUCUGCAAUCCGUGGAUCCUCUGCCCUCUGAGAAGACGCUGGAGCUGGCGGAAUGGAUCGAGGAUGACCUUCCAUUGGCGACUGCAGCCAUACCUGCAUCACUCAAGCUGACCUGGUCUCACUCUGUCAUGGACCAGGUCCUCGCCGCUAUUAGUACCGUCGACCCUUCCAAGACCAAACCUCAAGCUCUGUUACUCACCGCCGAAGAUGCCCGCGGACCUCUGGGGGUGCUGAAACGCGCAGAGAGGUUGAUGACCGGUCUCACUAGCUUUAUCCUUACGGAGGAUCUACUCGACGGCAGAGGUCAACCCGCCAAGCUUGCAAACGUCACUCAACUUCUCUGCUCUGUUCUGUAA